UGCAACUGGCGCGGCCAUUGUGUGGGUAGCGCCUGCAAGGUGGAUGACGACUGUGGCCGCCUGCUCAAUGGCACCGAGUUGGUUUGUGCGAGUGGGCAAUGUGCUGCCUCGGCGUCGGCACCCUGCAACUGGCGCGGCCAUUGCGAAGGAGCUGACUGCAAAGUCGACGACGACUGUGGGGACCUGGCCGAUGGUUCGCCCCUGGUUUGUGUCAGCAACAAGUGCGCCAAAGUGCCCGCUCCUGGCUACAUCACCUGCAACUGGAAAGGUCACUGCGCAGGUGCCGGCUGCUCAACCGACAACGACUGCGGCCGUCUUGCAAAUGGCACCGAGCUCGUUUGUUCGGCGGGCAAGUGCGCC